AUGGGCGUGGGCAUGGAGAUAGGUGUGGGCAUGGAGAUAGGUGUGGGCAUGGAGAUAGGUGUGGGCAUGGAGAUGGGUGUGGGCAUGGAGAUAGGUGUGGGCAUGGAGAUAGGUGUGGGCAUGGAGAUAGGUGUGGGCAUGGAGAUAGGUGUGGGCAUGGAGAUAGGUGUGGGCAUGGAGAUAGGUGUGGGCAAGGAGAUAGGUGUGGGCAUGGAGAUAGGUGUGAACAUGGAGAUGGGUGUGGGCAUGGAGAUGGGUGUGGGCAUGGAGAUGGGUGUGGGCAUGGAGAUAGGUGUGGGCAUGGAGAUAGGUGUGGGCAUGGAGAUAGGUGUGGGCAUGGAGAUAGGUGUGGGCAUGGAGAUAGGUGUGGGCAUGGAGAUAGGUGUGGGCAUGGAGAUAGGUGUGGGCAUGGAGAUAGGUGUGGGCAUGGAGAUAGGUGUGGGCAAGGAGAUAGGUGUGGGCAUGGAGAUAGGUGUGAACAUGGAGAUGGGUGUGGGCAUGGAGAUGGGUGUGGGCAUGGAGAUGGGUGUGGGCAUGGAGAUAGGUGUGGGCAUGGAGAUAGGUGUGGGCAUGGAGAUAGGUGUGGGCAUGGAGAUAGGUGUGGGCAUGGAGAUAGGUGUGGGCAUGGAGAUAGGUGUGAACAUGGAGAUAGGUGUGAACAUGGAGAUGGGUGUGGGCAUGGAGAUGGGUGUGGGCAUGGAGAUGGGUGUGGGCAUGGAGAUAGGUGUGGGCAUGGAGAUAGGUGUGGGCAUGGAGAUGGGUGUGGGCAUGGAGAUGGGUGUGGGCAUGGAGAUAGGUGUGGGCAUGGAGAUAGGUGUGGGCAUGGAGAUAGGUGUGGGCAUGGAGAUAGGUGUGGGCAUGGAGAUAGGUGUGGGCAUGGAGAUAGGUGUGGGCAAGGAGAUAGGUGUGGGCAUGGAGAUAGGUGUGGGCAUGGAGAUAGGUGUGGGCAUGGAGAUAGGUGUGGGCAUGGAGAUAGGUGUGGGCAUGGAGAUAGGUGUGGGCAAGGAGAUAGGUGUGGGCAUGGAGAUAGGUGUGGGCAUGGAGAUAGGUGUGGGCAUGGAGAUAGGUGUGGGCAUGGAGAUAGGUGUGGGCAUGGAGAUAGGUGUGGGCAUGGAGAUAGGUUUGGGCAUGGAGAUGGGUGUGGGCAUGGAGAUAGGUGUGGGCAUGGAGAUAGGUGUGGGCAUGGAGAUAGGUGUGGGCAUGGAGAUAGGUGUGGGCAUGGAGAUAGGUGUGGGCAUGGAGAUGGGUGUGGGCAUGGAGAUAGGUGUGGGCAUGGAGAUAGGUGUGGGCAUGGAGAUAGGUGUGGGCAUGGAGAUAGGUGUGGGCAUGGAGAUAGGUGUGGGCAUGGAGAUGGGUGUGGGCAUGGAGAUAGGUGUAGGGCGAUGA